GAAAGUUUUGUUGAUCAAUUCAAAAAUUUUGACGUCUUUUUACAAACCUGGAUAAAAUACUGAUAAAAAAAAUAUAUUACUAAAAAGCAUUUAGAUCACAAUACAUAAAAUGAGCCCGAAGAAGAAGAAACCCAAGCUAAUGCCUGUGUCGCUCGAAAAUAAAAGAGAGAAUGAUACUGAAGAAUCCAUGAACAAACGGCGUAAAUUUAAUUCUAGCUCUACUUCGGAUAAUAUAGCCUCUCUCAAAAGGAAAAACUUUGUAAAGGCAUGUGAAAAAGUUUCUUGUUCAGCCUACCUGAAUUAUGCUGAACGUUUUCAAUUGAUCAGCUUACCAGAUUGCAUUCAAAGCAAUUGCUGCAAGCAUCAGGAUUUUAAGGAGAGUUCUAAAAUUAAACAGGUGCCUUCACAUGCUGAAGAGUCAUUCAAAAUUGAGAUGAAGACCAACAUGUGGUGUGAUGCUUUGGAGGUGUGUAGAUUGUGCAUCACACCCACUCAGUAUUUGUCAUCAGACAUUUUGAAAGAUAUUGUUGAAAUAGUACUGAAUGCCCAUGAAGACAACUCGGGUGAAUAUCCCGUAUCCAAACUCAUCAGCCAAUGCCAACAAAUACUGGCUUUGAACUUCAGCACGCAUCCUCCAUGUCUCAUGAAAACUAUGAGGAAAUGCUAUAACAACUUUCUUACUACAUCUAUGGAUUUAAAAGGAAACACAUUCACAAACAGAUCACAAUUCGAUUGUGAUAAAGGUAUUGUUAAGUACUGCAUGAACAGAUUAGAAUAUGAAAUAAGUGAGGACAGCAAAGAUACACCUCUAGUUGACAAAAACGAAAACAUUCCGGAGGAAAUGAAGCAAACUGUCAAAGGUUUACAUUGGCAGAAAGAAAAAUUGGAAAUAUUUGAAGUGUUAGAGAGACCGGAAAGAAUAGAACGACUUAUGGCAGUGCUUUCUAGUGUUAUAGAACUGCUACAAUAUGAUUUGGCCAUUUGGCAUUCAAGAUACACCAAUAAUUUAGGUUCUCACAUAAUGAGGUCUCAUAAACCGCUCAUGGCUUAUGUGCUGUGGGCCAACAAUGUGUUGUAUACAGGAGCAGUAAAUAAUAAUUGCAGGCAAAUACUUAAGCUCUUCAUGUAUUUCAUACAUUUAAAAUAUCCUGAAGAACACAUUAGGACCAUGCAGCUCUGGCUCAAUACCAUGAUACAAACUUUUUACAUAUGUGAAACUAAUUCAAACACUGACUAUCCGAAUACUGGGAAAUAUUGCACAGCUUUUGCUAAUGAAUUCUACAAAUUAUUAUCAGACUUGCCUCCAGAAUCAAGAAUAAGAAUAUUAGAAAGAGUUGAACCUUCCUUUAUGCAGUACCUGAUUGGGAUUGUUCAUACACAAUCUCUUUUCUCAUCACAAGAUUGUAAUAUAAUUAGAAUAGUUAUAGAUGUCCUCAAUAAGUCACAGUGGACAAAAUUUCCUCAAAGUAGUGCAGACCUCAAAUUACGAAAGACAUUUUGUGUAAGAAAUAUCAAACGUAAUAAAUUCUUGAAGUUUUUGUCAAACAAAAUAUGCAAAGAGACAAGAAGGCAGAAAGGAGAAGCAUGUAUCUUAUACUCAAAAUAUACACCAUGCAUUUUCAGUAGCCAGGUUGAUCAGAACUAUGCCAUGUGUGUUUUAUCCAUUACUUUUCGAGCAUAUUUAGAUGCGUAUAGCGUUGAAAAUGUACAAGAAACACUGGAUAAAUUAAACAAAGAAAUAAUGAGUAAUGCUCCAUAUUAUGACACUAUGGAAUUGACUUCCUACACAGCAACAGAAAACUUCAUUAAAACUUAUAGGCAGAUAUAUCAACUUUUAAAGGAAUUAAUAAUUUUACUGAAUAAGUAUCAUGAUAAGGACCAAUAUGAUCAGAUACUAAAAUUUUUCGAAAAUAUCCCUUUGCUAGGUUUGUAAAACUUUAUUUGUUGCACAAGUUAAGCCUGUUGAUUUUUGUUGUUACGCCAUAUUAAGUAGUAAGUAAGUACUAUGAUAUUGAUACAAUAAUGUCAUCUAAUGUUAUGCUUUUAGGGUUCUUUAGUAAAUACAAGAAACCCUUCUAAUUUUGUCACGUGACUCACGUCUAUUCACUCUUGAUAACUUUGGUAAUUAUUAAUAUAAAGGUGAUUUGACGAAAUUAAUUAAGUACAGGU